AUGUCUGAUUGCGAUUAUUCUCAAAAAUUUGGAAUUAACCAAUCUAUAUUUAAUAGCGAGCCAUUAAAAUAGAUUACUCCUAUUUUAAAAGUCUCCCGUUCAGCCUCAGAUGAUAUUGUGGUUCGUAAAGAUAGUUAUGGGAACUUAAUUUAACGUGGAAAUAAGAAGCAUAAAAUAUAGUUCAGAGAAUAAAAUGAAAUAUUUUUAGGUAUUAAAACUCUAUUAUAGAUAAGUUGAAAAUUGGAAAUAAUAUAAUAUAGACAUGACAAACUAAGAAUCUCCCUGUCUUUGUCAAAUAAUAUGA